AUGGAAUACACAGCUAGUACAGAAAAAAUUUCCAUGAUACCUGAUGAUGAUCAUUAUAACGACACUGAAAAUGACAGCGGAUUAUGCACACUAGCAUACAUAGGUAUGAUGGUUGUCUAUAUUAAAAUACAAGAUAAUUUAACCGAAAAAGAUCUCAUGAUUAUUUUAUUGAUUUUACGAGAUAUUCUUGCACCAAAUACGUAUCAUUUGGCUUAUUGUAUUGUUGCAUUGAUCAUGAUCUGUAAACAAUUUCGAACUGGUCUCUUAGUGGUAAGACUUUUUGCUCAUAUACUUAUGCAUUUCAAGUCUUUACUCUUAUAGAUUGGUUGGCUUGGUUUUAUUGAUUUUAUAAUUCUCUGUCUAACUGUCGUAUUCCUCUUAAUUACAUUCGUUAUCAGUCUAAUUCAAAUUCAUCAUGCUCACCAUGAUACUCGUUCGCCUUAUAGAUUUUCUUACCUAGAGGAUCGGGCUUGGUUAAGUGGAAUUCUGUUUGGAGGAUGUACGAUACUUGCAAUUGUAUUGGUAUGUAGGAGUGCUGAUGACAGAAGAACUUGGACUUGCUCGGUUUUUUAUUCCUUGCAGGGUUUUACAAUUACAUACACUUUCAAAAUGGCAGGAUUAUUUAAAGAACAGAAGCAAGGACAUAAUGUAGAUAGUGGAAUAACGAACGAAGGAGUUUUGUUUCAAACGUAACUUUAUAGAUACUGUUGUGUGUCUUUUGAUCAGACAGACAGUUCAGAACUGCAAUGUAUUAAUAGAAAUAUGAAAUAAUUCUUUUACCAAAAGUUUUGACUUUGGAAUGGUAAUUGUCUAUAGAAGAAACUCUAUUGCUGAGACGAUCUUUUUAAAAGUGCGCUUCUAGAUCUGUUCUCUCUAGAAUUGCAGAAAAUGUCUAUUUUCUCAUUAACUUGUCAAAUAACAGCUGACAAAAGAUACUAGUGAUAUAAAGGAAUUAUUGUUCUCAAGAGGGAAUUCAUAGUCAAUUAUUCUCAGAAAUAUAAUUCUUUUCUGUUUUCUUUUCUUGGUGUUUCAAGUGUCCAAUGACCGUGAAUACAUUAGGUUCUUAGGGAAAAGUGGCGUUGUCGAAACAGAAAAUGGCUGUCCAUGAACUCGCUAGCUGCGAUUACUACUUCUGAGUGAGAUAUUCUUACACGAAACAGUAUGAGACUCCUAGGUACUACGGCAGAGAACCAAAACACAGAGAUAGACGUAAAGGUCUUCCGAAACAUGCAUCGAAGGAACGUUAGCUUGUUGUAACUCACGGUGCACUUUCACACUCCUGUGCGUAUAGAGGAUUGGGAGACAGAGAAAUAUAGGCUGACUAAAGUGGCGGACAAAAGUUUAUGGCAACUUUUGUUUUUAAUUUUUCUCCUCGACCAUAAUAGCUAGAACAAAUGUAAAAAAGAUUUGAACAGCCGGAAGAAUUUAUAAACAGUUGAGGUGUAUAUGAAAAUUCCGUUAAAAUUCCUGCAAACCAGAUCCCUGGAAAACCAAGAUUUUCGAAACCCCAAAACAUCCAAGUCCCGGGAUUCCAACGAAAACGUUUUGUAAAUACUCCAUUUGUGUAGAGCAACAUUUUUGAACAAAACUAGACGCCACCGAGCUCUCCAUGACGUUUUUUCACGAAAGGCCCCUCUGCGUCAAAAUCAGCAAAAUCGCUAGAAAAAGAGCAAAAAUGAUAGUAAAAACGAUCAAGGGGCCUUCAUAAAUUGAAUGUAAAAAUUCCGAGAAGACGCAGUUGGUAAUAAAAUUUUGAUCAAUGAGUAUAAUACUGCGAUAAAGUACAUCUUGAAAAUUCUGCUGAAUUUUUCUUUUAUUACUCGAGCUUUCGGCACGUUACUACGACCAUUGUCAAGAGCGAAUAAAGUUGGAGUCAUGGAGAGCUCGGUGGCGUCUAGUUUUGUUCAAAAAUGUUGCUCUACACAAAUGGAGUAUUUACAAAACG